AUGCACGCUCUCGCCACGUCUUCCGCGACGCUCGCGGCCGCGCCCGCGCGCGCUCGCCGCGCGUCUCGCGUCGUGAAGUGCGCCGCCGCGCGCGUCGACGCGAAGACGGAGACCAAGUCCCGCAGGUGCGCGCGCGCGUUCUCGACGUCCCCGUCGCGUCCUCGCCCGAGGGCGAGGCGCCCCCGCGUUUUAUCCUCCCAGCGCGUGCUCGUCAGAGGCGGGCACGUUCACUCAUUAAUUCAUUCAACCAUCUCUGACGCCGCCGACGCGUCCCCGUCGUCUCGUCGCAGGGCUUUCCUCGGCGUCGCCUUCGGCGCGCUCACCUCGGGCGCGCUCUCCACCGCCGCCGCCGCGAACGCGAAGUCGCUCGAGGAAGCGGCGAAGGAGAAGGAGGACCGAAAGGCUGCCUUGCGCGCGGCGGCGGCGGCGAGCGCGGCGAGCGGCCGGGGCGAAUCCGCGUUUGCCGCGAGCGAGUACAGCCUCAGCGAGGAGAGCAAGACGCCGAACUUCCACACGAGGCAGGAAGAAGGCGCCAGGCGCUCCGGCGGCGCGUGA